GGCGGGCAGUGGCGGGCGCGGGCCGGGGCUCGGCGCGGGGCGGCUCCGGCGGCGGCCGUGAGGGGCGGCGGGGAACCGCCCUGGCGGGGGACCGAGCGCUGGGAGAGCUGCGAGGGACACGCGGCUCCCGCUGAGCCGGUGGCGACAACUGGCGCGAAGAGGUUUGAACGAGAAGGCGGGGCCGUAAAAGCAGCCGUGAGCGUUUGCGCCCCGCUGCCAGUGCCUCCCGUGGGCCGAGGCCGCCGCCGUUCCCGCCAGGUUUGGUACGGCGCUAUGGGAAACGCACAGGCGGAAGAUGAAGUAGCGCUCUUUGAACGAGAUAUGAAAGAGUUUUGGAUCCAGUUUAAAAUCAGUUAUGGCACUGAACAGAACAAUCAGACGUCAGCGCUGAGAGAUUUGUGCAAGGAGACUUUAGAAGCUCUUUCAGAGAAAUGGUCCAAGAAGCUGAAAGAAGAGGAUGUGAUGAUUGACAAAAUUCACGAGUAUAACAAUGAGAUUCUCCAGCAGAGCAAAUAUGUAGCAGAAAAGGAAGAGGAGUUGACAGAAAUAAAAUCAAAGCUAAGUCAAGAACAAGAGCAGCAGAAGAACUUGACUGACAGCAUCCAAGAGCUUAAAGAAGAGUUGAUGAAGAAAAUGGAAAUAAAAGCUUCUAAAAAUAAAGCUGCCAAGGAGAAAAUGGAACAAGUGAGCAAGAUUAAAACACUGUUUAAAGAGCAUCUUGCACUGGAGAUGCGCAGAAUUCCAGACGAGCAAUUACAGUUUAUAUUCAGACACAUUGACCACAAAGAUCCUGAUAAGCCAUACACGUGUACCAUUUCCAUAAAUGAACAAGGGGACUAUGAAGUGACUUCCUGUACUCCUCCUCUGGACUGUAUUGCAGAGUUACAGCUUAAACUGAGAGAAACUAACAAUUUUUCUGCAUUUGUUGCCAACAUCAGAAAAGCUUUCACUGCUUUAUCAUACAAACAGUCUGCAUGAAGGUGGUUUGUACCUCUCCUGGCUGUAGAGCACCCUUACUCCCUUCCUGUUGCUGAAAUGGUGUAUUUAUCCAUGUCUGACUCCUAAUUUCUAAAUAAAGAUAAUGAAAGCAGUA